AUGCUCUGCAGCCGGGCCCUGGCGAGACUGGGGGGGCGGCCAGGGCUGUUUCCUCGCCCCUGGUUCCAUGUGCAGCCUCAGCAGCGAAGGGGCUUGUCCCUGCACGAAUACUUGAGCAUGAAGCUGCUGAAGGAGGCGGGGAUCUCUGUGCCGGAGGGGCUCUUGGCAAAGACCCCAGAAGAAGCUUACAAAGCGGCCAAAAAACUGGGUACCCCCGACCUCGUGGUCAAGGCCCAGGUCUUAGCUGGCAGCCGGAGAAAGGGAGUCUUUGAAGGUGGCUUCAAGGGCGGGGUGCGAGUGGUCUUUUCUCCCGAGGAGGCCAGGGACGUCUCCUCCCACAUGCUGGGGAAGAAGCUGUUCACUCCCCAGACGGGGGAGAAGGGCCGGAUCUGCACCCAGGUCUUGAUCUGCGAGCGCAUCUACCCCCGGAGAGAGUGCUACUUCGCCAUCACCAUGGAGAGGGCCUUUCAGGGCCCAGUCCUCAUUGGCAGUUCUCAGGGGGGGGUCAGCAUCGAGGAGGUGGCGGAGGAGAAUCCCGAAGCCAUCCUCAAAGAGCCGGUGAACAUCAUGGAAGGGCUGAAGAAGGAACAAGCCCUUCGGGUCGCGGGGAAGAUGGGAUUCUCCCCAAAGAUGGUCCGUGACGCAGCAGAUGUCCUGAUUAAGAUCUACAACUUUUUUAUUAAACAUGAUGCCACCCUGGUGGAAAUCAACCCGCUGGCCGAAGACUCCGCAGGGUCCGUGGUGUGUCUGGAUGCAAAGCUGACCUUCGAUAGCAAUUCUGCUUUCCGCCAGGAAAAAAUCUUCAAGCUUCAAGACUGGGCCCAGGAGGACAUGAGAGACAGGAACGCAGUCAAGGCAGAUCUCAAUUACGUCGGCUUGGACGGGACCAUCGGCUGCCUGGUGAACGGGGCUGGCCUGGCCAUGGCCACCAUGGACAUCAUCAAAUUCCACGGGGGCACGCCAGCCAACUUCCUGAACGUGGGUGGCAGCGCCACCGUGCAGCAGGUCACGGAGGCCUUCAAAAUCAUCACCUCGGAUAAGAAGGUGCAAGCCAUCCUGGUCAAUAUCUUUGGAGGCCUGAUGCGAUGUGACGUUAUUGCCCAGGGCAUCAUGAUGGCCGCCGAAGACCUGGAGUUAAAAAUCCCCAUCGUCGUGCGUCUCCAAGGCACCCGGGGGGACGAUGCCAAAACGCUGAUUGCAGAGAGCGGGCUGAGGAUCCUGGCCUGCGACGACUUAGAUGCAGCCGGCAAAAUGGUCGUCAAGCUCUCGGAAAUCAUGAUCCUGGCCAAGGAGGCCGAGGUGGACGUCAAGUUUCAGUUGCCAGAGAAGUGAGGCA